GAGGAUUCAAAAGAAUGAUAGGAUUGUUAUUCCUAUUGUUUGGCAUUAUUUUUGGGAUCCUAUUGCUUUGGAGUAUUUAUGAGGAGCAAUGUAGUAUAAAAACUUAUCGUCAAAACUUGUCUACCAAUAAGAAUUGGACAAGUUGGCAUAAACGGGAUUUUGAACGGUUGAAAAGUCAGAGUUGUAUCGUUGAAAAGAGAAAGUAUUCGUUGAUGGUUGUGUUGGGUUCAGGUGGACAUACUGCAGAAAUGGUACAAAUUCUUCGAACUUUUGGUCAAAACAUAUUUUCCACUCGUUUUAUUGGUCAAGACGAUAGUCUAUCUUUUGUGGAGAAAACUUGUCAAUUCUUGUACAUCGUUGCCUCCAGUGACCACCAUAGCGUGGACAAGAUAAGUUGUCUCCACGAAAGAGAUGGAGCCAUGGCUUUGUUUCCUUAUCAGAUACUAUGGAUCCCACGAUCGAGACACGUUGGUCAGUCCUAUUUUUCUUCCCUAUUUACCACCAUCUAUUCAUUUGUGGUAUCCAGUUGGAAGUUGUGGUUGUGCGAGCAACCAGAUGUUCUGGUAUGUAACGGUCCUGGUACUUGUGUCCCUGUUGUUUUUAUUAUGUUCUUUCGAAACGUGUUUUACAACUUGGCACAGCGAAAGAGACGCACCCGAAUCGUUUUUAUAGAAAGCAUAGCUAGAGUACGCAGCCUAUCGUUGAGUGGCAGAGUUUUGUAUCCUUUUGUACAUCGGUUUCUCGUACAAUGGCCUGAUAUGAUGGACAAAUAUCCACUUGUGGAAUAUGUUGGACUGUGCUUGUAAUCUCUUGGAAGUGUAUGUCAACACAAUGUCAAGGAGCCUCUUUUGUCUACUAAGGGAAAAGAUCACAUGUUCAUCCCAUCAUCAUCCAUCCUUUGUCGGAUAAAAAAAGAAACUGGGAAAGAAUAGAUUGUCUCAACAAAAUAAAUAUAUUGCAGCUGUUGAUGCCCAGAAGUAAAGAGAAAAAACGUGCU